AUGUGGUGAAUAUUUUUGAUCUCCUCAGCUUUUGCUCUUCAAUGCCCAGAAUUCAUGUGCACAAGUGCAGAAGUUCCUCUAGGUCCUGGCCAGUGUGUUUAUUACAAUAACUCACAAUACAGCUUAUCUCCAUGUGAAGAUCAAAGAAUCUCAUAUUGUGAUUCUCAAACUCACCCAGAAAAUGUUUCUUGUACAAUUCCUCCACAGGCUCCUACAAUAAAUAUUGCAUAUCCAGGUGAGCCUUGCGUAUUUGACUUAAAUUGUGUCCAAAGUAUCUGUCUAAAAGGUAAAAUAAUUUUAUAGUAAAUUAAUGAUGAAUUUUAUAAGCAUUUUUACCUAUAAAAGUAGUCAAAUUGGGGCCAAAAAGGAAUAUAUGUAAAGGAUUGCCUAUAAAUAGCGCAUGCACCCAAGAUGCCCAAUGUGAUGUGGGCUUGUUUUGCUUCAGUUCUAAAUGUGCACCACAAAUAGCAAUCGGCCAGCCAGGCUGCACAAAAGAUUCACAAUGUGUAAACAAUGCAGGCUGCAACGUCGACACUGGAACCUGUGUUGCCUAUUUAUCAUUUCCUCCAGGAACUAUCUUAUCAUCAUGCACCAAUAACUAUAACCCUCUAUGCAGCUCCCAAGCCUGUGCUACAGUUCAAGGUAAAUCAUAUUGCCAAGCCCAAGUAAAGUCCUUAAGCUCUUUACCAGCUUAUUGUACAGAUAGUAGCAAUUGUCCAGCUUAUUUCGAUAUCGCUAUAGGCGCCCAAGUAAAUACUCAAUGCGUAUGUGGCCUUAACGGUUUCGGUGAUUCUUUCUGCAGCUUAGCCCCUGGUGACGAGCCUUUCGCAAACUCUACCCUUUGGCUUUCCAAAUGGUACGCAUCUCAAUCCAUCAAGAUGUGUCACACCAGCAUGAGAACUGGCAACUUAUGCAUGAAAACUUAUUGGGACUAUAACUCCUACAUUGCUUUUCAAUAUUAUGCUACUUAUUCUCAAAAUUACCCUCUUUACCAAUUUAAUGACCAAUGUGUAAGAAAUAUAUAUACAAGUGCAUUUUGGGAGCUAGAAGAAGAGUAUAUGAACUCUAUCCAGCCUGCGGAUAAUGAUGAUAACUCUGCUGUUAUAGCAGCAAUUGGAGGCUUUCUAUCUUUAAUAGCAUUUUAA